UGUGAUAAACACAAGCACUAGCUACACCACCACCAAAAUACCAUCAUCAAAAGCCUUGUAGAGAGAGUUAUCAGCACUUCAAACCCUUUUCUUUUCUCUUCAGACUUCAAAAAUCUCUGUAUUCUAUAAUACAUAAACAAGAUUUGGACUAGAUACUAAUUUUAGUUCUUGCUGCUAGCUAUAACAUACAGGUAUAGUUGGAGAUGUGGCAUCUUGUAGCUGCAGUGACAAGGAAACUUCAGAACACAAACAAGGGUUCAAGGGUGGCUGAUGAGAACAUGUUUGAAGCAGGAAACGAGGUUGAACUACCUAUGUUUCGACGUGACAGAGGAAGAAGACAACAUGGUUGGAGUGGAUUCUCGCUUAUAUAUAGCAUUCUUCAUGCUCCCAUAUCAAUUCUCUCAUGUGUGUCUAAUCCUCAAGCUAAUGGGUCAGACGGAGUUUGGGUAUCUGCUGAAUUUGCACAGGUUUCUGAAAUGAAUCAUCUUAUGGUAAAUGAUAGCAUGAGAUAUGCAAUUUUGAUGUAGAAAUUUAAUAUGAAUAUACAUGUUGUAAUUCGCUUGGGUUUCUCUUAAGGACUAUACGCGUUAGAAUGGACAAGUUUUCUUUACCUCAAUUUUCCUUUCUUAUAUUUUGUUAAGACAUGUAGCAGCGAUGAGGCUGUUCCUUGUAAUUCUGGAAGGUUAUAUGUUAGAGUUUGAGAAAUAAUUUCUUUUCCAAAUACAAGGGUAAGGCACCCUUAUCCCUACUCUCUACGAUGGAGAGCCUUGUAGAUCGGGGUCUUUUUUUUGUAUAUAUUUUCUCU